ACGCGGUAUUUGGUUUACCGUUUAGUUGUCGAGUGAGUCGCAAGGCAGCAGCACACAAUUGUCAUCACGUGAGAGGUCACAAUGGUUUCUGACGGUUUCGUCGUUGACGAGCAGCGUCGUCCGACCAGCAAGAUCCUUUGAAUUCCCGUGGAACGUCAACCAAGUGGCUGACCACGUCGCACCGUGAGCAACGACGACGACGACGGCGACGACGACAACGACGACGUUUUGCGAGUUCCCGCUGAUUUAUAUUAAAAGAUUGGUCGCAGGACACAUUAGUAAAAAUGACAGAAUACUGGUUAAUAUCAGCACCAGGAGACAAAACCUGUCAGCAGACGUGGGAAACUAUGAACAACUUAACAUCCAAGCAGCAUUCUCUGUCGGUGAACUAUAAGUUUCAUAUCCCAGAUUUAAAAGUCGGAACACUGGAUCAAUUAGUUGGUUUGUCGGAUGAUCUCGGCAAGCUUGAUGCAUACGUGGAGCAAGUAACACGUAAAGUGGCAACAUAUUUGGGAGAGGUUUUGGAAGACCAGAGGGAUAAGCUGCAUGAAAACCUGAUGGCCAAUAACAGUCAAACAUCAAUGGAUGGGGAGAGCCCCGAAGGGGGUCCGGACACCCCGCCAAACACCCCUGUCACACCAUCACACAAGACUACAAAGGAACAUCACAGGCAAUGGAGGAAGUUGGACAAGUCCGAACCAGAACCGGCCGCCUGUUUAGGUCAGCAUCAUCACCAACGUCAUUACCACGAUCAUCAAUAUCAUCAUCAUCAUCACCAUCAUCAUUAUCAUCACCAUUAUCAUCAUCAUCAUUUUCAUGACGACUCCCAUCAUCUCUUCGCGUUCGAAAAGAAGCUGCCGUGCGGUCUUCAGAGCAUUUGUGAUGUCAAGACUCAAUCCAACAACCAUCCUUCGUCGAUAUAUUCGUGCUACCAUACUUACUGGUGCGUUACUGCUUCUACAUCCUCGACGCCAUACUCUAGUCCUAUUUCCGCGACUCCGACCCUUUCCUCCCUUUCAUCGAACUGUAGCAGCGAAGAAGAGCUUGAGUGGCAGCAGCCGUUGUGUCCGCAAACUACCGACGAACAUCUAGCUCGAUCUACCUGCAAAUCGAUUGGAGAUGAUGAUAAUGACGACCACGACAACGACGAUGAUUACGAUGCGGACCAAACCAACGACCAACACCAAGACAAUAAUGGGAGUUUACUAAAUCCAGGUGAUCUACCAUCGUAUAUAACUCGAUUCCAGUGGGACAUGGCUAAAUAUCCCAUCAAACAAUCUUUGAGAAAUAUCGCAGAUAUUAUCAGUAAACAAGUGGGUCAAAUUGAUGCCGAUCUGAAAACCAAGUCUACGAUAUACAACAAUUUAAAAGGCAAUUUACAAAAUCUUGAAAAGAAACAGACGGGAAGUUUGUUAACACGAAAUUUAGCAGACCUAGUCAAAAAAGAACAUUUUAUUUUGGACAGUGAAUAUCUAACUACUUUGCUUGUAAUUGUACCAAAAUCCAAUUUUCAGGAUUGGUACAGUGGUUAUGAAAAAUUAACGGAUAUGAUUGUACCGCGUAGUACUCAGCUUAUUACUCAGGAUUCAGAAUAUGGAUUGUUUACAGUCACUUUGUUUAAAAAAGUGAUUGAUGAAUUUAAAUUACACUCUCGCGAGAAGAAAUUUAUCGUACGAGAUUUUACAUAUAACGAAGAAGAAUUAGCAGCAGGUAAAAAUGAAAUUACGAAGUUAGUAACUGACAAGAAGAAGCAAUUCGGGCCGCUUGUCCGUUGGUUAAAAGUAAAUUUCAGUGAAUGUUUUUGUGCUUGGAUCCAUGUUAAGGCUCUACGUGUAUUUGUUGAAUCCGUUCUUAGAUAUGGCUUACCUGUCAAUUUUCAAGCAAUAUUAUUGCAUCCGCAUAAAAAGUGCGCGAGACGAUUACGUGAUGCUCUAAAUCAGCUUUAUGCCCACUUAGACUCGUCCGCUACAGCUUCUACAGCUGCGCAACAUAAUCAAGACAACGUGGAUAUACCAGGACUGGGUUUCGGCCAAAGCGAUUACUUCCCAUAUGUCUAUUAUAAAAUCAACGUGGACAUGGUUGACAGUAAGGUCUAAUUAUCAUAGUUCAAUUUUCUUCUCUCGAAUGUCGCACCCUUACUUUGUCCGGAUAAUAGAAUUUUAUUACGCCAGGAAUUUGAUAGCAGGUGCGUACAAUGUACAAAAAAGCUGUUGCAUUUUGAGAAAUUAUUGUUUUUGAUUCUUUUUAAGCUUUUAUGUUUAUGAUCGUAAAGUACACUAAUAAUUGUUGAAGAAAACAAUAACAUAGUCUUUUUCAGAAAGAUCGUUAUUCUUCUAAAUCAAUAAAAUUAAAAACGAUGUAUAAACUGUAAUAUUACUUCGAAUUGUGCAUAAUAAUUUGUGCAUUCCCUUAUAUAUAUAUACUUCCCUAAGUAUUAGCAAGAUCAAGAUAAAACUAUGUAUAAUAACAGGGAUUGAAUUCUCAGGCAAUUUCCAUCAUAGUUAUCGAUUUGUAGUUAUAAAUUUAAUAACUAUAAUAUAUAUAAUUAUGAUUACACACAAAAUAUUCCUAAUGAUAAUUUAUUCGUGAUUCCAUUAAUUAGCUUACACUUCUCGAUACUUGGAAGCUCCUAUUUUAAAUAUAUGUUAAUGCAGCAUAGAAAUGCAUAUCAUUUCUAGAAAAAGGAUUAUUACAACAUGUCCAUCACACUUAACCACAAUUGUAUACAAAGUUACAAUGCUAAUCUGUUCACGAACGUGUAAGAAAUCGCGAAACUUACACAAGGAGACACAUCUUGUCACAUUUGUGAAAGACAUUCGCUCUCAAUGCGUUCCAUCAGUAUUUAAGCUGUCAAUAUUAUAUCCGUAAAUGAAAAAGAUGAUUUUAUUCCAUCAGAUAUUUGUAAUUUGUAUAAUUGUGAUUUGAAAUCACUACAAGAUGCACAAAAUAAAUUUCUCGUGUAAUUACGUUAUGUAAACGUAAUAUUAUAAACGCAUAAAGGUGUAUAUUCACUGAAAACAAUUCAUAGUUGUUAAAAUUGUUGAAACAAAGCCAAUUACCCAUGUUGAUCAUAAUGUAAAUUGCUUGUACAUAAAAAGUAUUUCAUGUAUAGCAUAUAUCAUAUGUUACAGAAUUUUCGUAUUACAUUCUGAGUUGCAAGAUCAUUGUAAAAUGUGUAGAUAUUUUAAUUAAGUAUAAAUACUUAAUUAAAAUGCAUUGAUAGCAGAAAUUGAAGACAAUACCACAACUGAACGCUGUUUACUGUUUGACAUGUAAAAUGUGAAAAUACAACAAAUAAUUUAAAAAGAGAUAUAUUCAUUGUCCAGUAUGUAGAUACAUUUACAGAAAUAAUCACAUACAGUCAAUUGACUUUUGCGAAUUGUAUAGAAAAACAUGUAAUUGUAGAUAAUAAACAUUAAGUUUCAUUGCCA